AUGGCGCAAAUCCGCAUGAGUAAUGACGAGGUGAGGAAAGCCAUCCACACCACCAAAUAUGCCAUCGCAAAACAAAAGACUGAUUUCCAAACAAAGUUCCUGAGCCAACUCACGACUCUUCUCUCCUCAACACACUCCGCGGCUCACGGCUCCGUCUACUUGACCCAAAAGUCUUUGAGUGAUUCAACUACCGAAUCAUCAUCUUCACCACCACGGAUCCUCAUUCGCGCCACAAACGGACUCUCGAAGCCAUAUAGAACCGCCAAGCCGAAGACCAAAGAGUCCGUGAAACCGAAGGUCAAAUUAGCAACAGUAGUUGAGGCGGCGGAUCUGGAUACGUUUUACGCGCGGUAUGCGGAGGUGUGUAAGAAAGGGAUGGAAGGGCUGAGGAAACGAGACAAGAAGAAGGCCAAGGAGAAAGCGAAAGCGAAAAAGAGAGGGAAUCGGCGGUAG